AUGGACGAGAGUCUAGAAUGCCGUCUACGCAAUGUUUGUGAGGCGUUUUCAAAUAGUCGUGCAAUGAACAAACGAGUGCCAAGGAAACCUCGAGCGUCCAAGAUUUUGAACAGAUACAAGUAUUGUGCCAACACCGCGAUACCGACGAGAAACCGGUUCUUGCCGGAGAAAUUCCAAAAAUUUCGCAAAUUGCAUGUGAGCUGUGUGGAAAGUGCCCGUAAAGAGCUGGCUGGGUUUCAAUUGUUUUCCAGAGCAGAUUUUGACCACAGGUUAGGGAACAUCGUCACUGCAACGAAAAAAACCAGCUUCACCUGGAACUACGAGCGAUUUAGUCCUGUCAAGAUCGCUGCGAAGGGCUGGUGCUUUCGUGGGGUAAAUCUAGAUGGUGUCACGGUGAGUUUUCGAUGCCCAUGCUGCCGAGCGGACGUUUGCUUCAAGAUCGACGCGGAUCUCAACAGUCGUGAACUCGAGCAGGCGUACGUCAAGGCGUUGUCAAACAAGCACGAAAGAGGGUGUUCCUGGCGUAGGGCAGAGUACCCCCUGGAAAUAAACUACUACAUCGGCCGUGCAAGCAUUUUUUUGGAAAUCCAGCGCAUCAAGAGCGAACUUGGCCAAAAUGGGGCUGUCGACUUCGACGCCGGCGUUCUGGAGCCGUCCAUCGAGGCCAUGUUCGAAGCACGCAUGGAGCAGCGUGGUUUGUUGCAGCUUCUACUGCGAGGAUACAGGCCAGCCGGCCACCGGGUUGUUGAGUGCGUAGGCUGUCACUGUACCAGUUUUCUCGAUACGGUGCGCGAGAAAUGCGUGCACUACAGUUGGUGCAAAUACCAGGACGCGUCGCUUUUACCGCAGAUGUUGUCAGAGAUUGCUUGCUCGCCGGAAGAAAAAACACACCAAAGUCUCGAGGCCCGAUUGCAAUCACUCAAACUCCAGAUUCGCAAUAUCUAG